AUGCAAAACUAUGGCUCCUCAUAUAUAGGAAUAAAUCGACAUAGAACAUCUAUUAUUACUACUAUAAAAGGCGGUUACAACAUAUUUAAUGUAGAUCCAUUAAGACUCGUUUUCAGCGAAACAAAUGGAAAAUAUAGUAUAACUGAACUUUUCGAUUCAUCUUCUUUAAUUGCUGUGGUUGGCAAUGGUGAGGACCCAGCUUAUUCUACUAGACAACUACUGUUAAUAAAUUUGGUUAAUUUAAACUGUAUUUGUAGAUUGACUUAUCCCAGUACGAUUAUAUGGGUAAGAAUAACAUCAGAUCAAUUAAUUGUAAGUUUAACGGAUCGAAUCUACAUUUAUAGGCUAUGUAACAUGAAGUUAUUACAUGUUAUAGAAGGGUUGAAUAUUAAUAAGAAUACAAUAGCAGUUUCAUAUAAUCAAAUAAAUAAAUUAUUGGCGUAUCCUAUCUGCAAAAUUACAAAUGAAACAAAUAUCACAAAAAGGCAAAAUCAAUCACAUAACAUAACUAAAAAGAAUAGAAAAUUUAAUACAGAAAUAUCCCCCAAGCAUAUCUUAAAAAAUACUUCCUUUUCAUCUGUCGAUACAUCCUACACGAAAAAUUUUGAAUUUAAUAAUGAUAAUUCAGAUGCAUCUCCAUAUAGUAAUGACAAAGAUUUCAUUGGUGAUGUUUUGAUAUUCGAUCUAAAUAAACUACAGCCUUAUCUAGUGAUAGAAGCGCAUAAGCGGAGACUCCAAGUUAUUACUUUAAGUGAUGAUGGAUCACUACUUGCUACUGCAUCUAAACUUGGCACGAUUAUAAGAGUCUUUGAUGUUUCUACUGGAGAAAGAAUUUGUCAAUUUCGACGGGGAAGAUACCCAACCACAAUUAAGUGUAUCUCUUUUAGUAAAGAUAAUAAAUAUUUAAUUGUGGGUAGUUCAAGCCACAAAAUCCAUAUAUUUUCUAUUGAACGUAAAUCAGAAAUUUUGAUUGAUAACAACAGCAAUAGCACAUCCAAUAACUCAAUAAAUUCAGAAAUUGAUAAAUUACAUGAUUUAAGUAAUAUAUCAGAAUUAGAUGAAGAAGAUUUUGUAAUAGUGUCUGAUGAAAUACAAGAUGUAAAAUAUCCACGUAAUAUAAAAGAAUUAUUAAAAGUUUCAUCAAGAACAAUAACCAAGGAAGCAUCUAAACAAUUUACUAAAUAUUUCAUAUAUGAGGCCACGUCAAAUCUAUCUCCAAAGAGACAUGCUGCAUUUUGUAAAAUUCCAGAUGAUAUUAAGACAUCACCAAAAGUGGUAUUUAUGGGGGAUGCACAACGUAUUCAGAAAGAUGAUUAUCUAAUCAUAUAUCCACAUAAUCGAACAUCCAGUAAAAGUCGACAGUGGAUAAAUGUUAGAAAAAUAUAUCUGAUUGAUGAAGAAGGGUAUUUAUUGGUAUAUAUUUUUGAUCCCUUAGGAGAUGAAGAAUGUGCUCUAUGUAGUAAGUCACUUUUAUUCAAUAUAGAGUAA